UUAUAUUUUUUUACUUAUCCCUACCAACCAAAACUAAAACCUUCACUCGCCACUUCCCAAACUUGAAACCCCAUUUAUUCAAAUCUCUUAAAGUUCAUAAAUUUCGCAAAAAUUGGAAUCCCCUUUUAAUUCCAAAACCCACCACUGUCACUCCUAUCACUACUGAUUUCCACCGAUUCAAUCCAUUUGUUGUUCUAAAUUUCUGUGUUGUUUGACUUUGGGUUCCAUAGCUUGGAAGCCAAAAGAAGAUGGAGAAGCUUAACUUGGCCCUUGUGUCUUCCCCAAAACCUUUGAUGUUGGGUCAUGCUUCUGCUAAAGACGCUUCAGCCAGAGACGUUUUUGGGAGAAAGCCUUUCUCUUUUGGGAGGGCCUUAGUUGCUCCUCACCGUUGCAGAUUCCGUGUUUCUGCACUCUCUUCCUCACAUCAUGGCGCAAAAUCUGUGCAGGAGAAGCUGAUAGUGAAGCGUUUUGCUAGUGUUUCUUCUUCAAGGGGUCAAGAAACAACAUCAAUUGGAGUUAAUCCACAAUUAGCACCACCUCCGUCUUCAACUAUAGGGUCACCUCUCUUCUGGAUUGGUGUUGGUGUUGGAUUUUCUGCACUGUUUUCAAUGGUAGCUUCAAGAUUAAAGAAAUAUGCAAUGCAACAAGCUUUCAAGACCAUGAUGGGCCAGAUGAAUUCACAAAAUAACCAAUUUAACAAUGCUGCCUUUUCUCCUGGAUCUCCUUUUCCCUUUUCAACGCCUUCAGCAUCAGGGCCCACUACACCUGCUAGUUCUGCAGCUACACAAUACCAAGUACCUCCAGCAUAUAAUGCAUCUCAAUCUACUGUCACAGUAGAUAUACCUGCAACCAAAGUAGAACCUUCCCCAACUACUAAUAUUAAGGAUGAAGAGGAAGUAAAGAACGAACCCAAAAAAAUUGCUUUUGUAGAUGUUUCUCCUGAGGAAACUGCGCAGAAGAGUCCUUUUGAAAAUUUUAAAGAUGUUGAUGAAUCAAGUUCAGUCAAGGAAGCCCGGGUUCCAGAUGAAGUUUCUCAAAAUGGAGCACCCUCUAACCAAGGUUUUGGUAAUUUUUCUGGUUCUCAAUCUACAAGAAAAUCAGUCUUGUCAGUGGAAGCUCUGGAGGAAAUGCUGGAGGACCCAACAGUGCAGAAGAUGAUUUUUCCCUAUUUACCCGAGGAAAUGAGGAACCCUGCUACCUUCAAAUGGAUGCUUAAGAAUCCACAGUACCGUCAACAACUUGAAGAAAUGCUAAACAACAUGAGUGGAAACACUGAAUGGGACAGCCGAAUGAUGGACACCUUAAAGAAUUUUGACCUUAAUAGUCCUGAAGUCAAGCAGCAAUUUGAUCAAAUUGGGCUUUCUCCAGAAGAAGUCAUUUCAAAGAUUAUGGCAAAUCCUGAUGUUGCAAUGGCAUUUCAAAAUCCUAGAGUUCAAGCAGCUAUCAUGGAUUGUUCACAGAAUCCGAUGAAUAUUACUAAAUACCAAAAUGAUAAGGAGGUUAUGGAUGUCUUCAAUAAAAUAUCAGAACUCUUCCCUGGAGUAGGUUCACCUUGAUGCAUCUGUGCGUUGUUGCUGUUUACUGGGUCAAGUUAUGCAUGCCUUUUCUGAUGAGCAAUGAGAUUAGCUCUGCCUAACCACAAGAAACUAAGCAAAACUCAUGCUCAUGGCUGUAUACUGCAGGCUCAUGGUUACAGCAUCCAUUCCGACACGCCGACAGUGACUGUAUGGCCUGGGCUAAAAUGUUGCCAUAGUUGGAUUUUUUUUGUUUCACUAAAGUAGUUGAGAUUGUAAAUUGAUGUUUUAUGUUUCAUUGAAUAUUUUGUUGGAGGCAUUGCACCUGCAAUGUGGUUUUUGAGUACUUACGUGCCGUUAAAAAUGUGAAUGCCACGCAUAAUCUUUUAUUUUUAUUUUUUAUUGUUUCACAUAAUCUUUAAAUAAAGCACAAGUUGCAUGAGAUUAAACUAUUAUGUAAGCGACCAAAUAAGUUCCAACUAUUGAAUACUCAAUGAUGAACCGUAUAA